AUGUCGCUCGCAGCAGUAGCUCAAAUUACCUCUACUUCGAAUAUUUUAAAAAACGCAAAGAUAUGUAAAGACCUAAUUGCAGAGGCUGCAUCCAAAGGAGCAAAAUGCGUUUUCUUUCCUGAAGCUUCUGACUAUAUCGCUCAUAAUAGCUCUGAGGCUUUAGAAUUAAGUCGUCAUCCUGACUGUUCAGCCUUUGUUAAACAAAUAUGCGCUGAAGCCAAACAGCAUUCAAUUUAUGUACAAAUUGGGGUCCAUGAACCUUCCUCUUUUGAAAACAAAUUACUAAACAGCUCCCUUCUUAUUGUGCCCGACAAAGGAAUUGUUCAGCGAUACAACAAGGCCCAUUUAUUUGAUGUUGACAUUGCGAACGGUCCGGUUUUGAAGGAAUCAAAUAGCACUGUACCCGGAAAUGCAAUUCUUCCUCCUUUUGAGACUCCAUUGGGAAAAGUCGGAUCCGCUAUAUGCUUUGAUUUACGAUUUCCAGAGCAUGCCUUGAAGCUCCGUAACAUGGGUGCAGAUAUAAUAACAUACCCAAGUGCUUUUACCCAAAAAACAGGAGCUGCCCAUUGGGAGGUUUUGCUUAGGGCCCGUGCUCUUGAUGCUCAGUCUUAUAUUUUUGCUGCUGCUCAAGGGGGCAGCCACAAUGAGAAAAGAGCUAGUUACGGUCAUGCAAUGAUUGUCGAUCCUUGGGGAACUACUAUUGCUCAAUACAGCGACCUUGCAUCACCUAAUGGCCUCAUCUUCGCAAACAUUGAACUAAACCUUGUUGAACAUGUACGAAAGUUUAUUCCCUUACUUCGAAGAAAUGAUCUAUAUCCUGUUAUCUAA